AUUGUAGCUGUGAUGCGGUUCAGUGUUCCAGCGUAUUUUUUUCAAGCCGAGAGAAAAAGGACUGACUGACGUUCAAGCGGGUGGAGACUACUACGUUUAAAUCCCACGGCUCGUUUGCCUUCGUUUUUCAUGUUCCUUCCAGUGCGGGCGUCCUUAACACCUUAUUAAUGUCGUAAUAGGCUGAUUUGGAAGGGCGUCGUGGUUGGGAAGUUUUUCCGAGGGAGGCUUUUCGCCCAGCGAAGGGCCAUGGCAUUCGAGGCUCGGCCGGAGCUGGUCGGGAAGAGGUUCCUCUGUGUCAGCGGGGACGAGCCGCCUGAAAUCGGCGACAUCGCCCGGUGGCCGUGGAGGUCCGGUGUCAUUCGAGCUGUGAACCAUCGAGACAGUGACAAUCUCGACUUGACGGUAUACGUGGAAUUUGAUGACCAGGAAUGGGAGAAGAGAGAGUGGGUGAAGGUCUAUGACGAUUUCCAGCUGUUUCUCCUCGAGCACCAGCUGGUCUGGGCCAAGAGGAAAGAAGGAGCAGGAGGAGCGGGAGCAGGUGGAGGAGUAGGUGGCCUGCUGCAGGGAAUCAAGGCUAAACACAUACAGUGGCCUGCCCUGGCAUUUAAGCCAGUGGUGGGUAAGAGCCUGUUGUCAUCGGUAACAGCGGUGGAAUUCUUACUGGACCGACAUCUGGACUUCCUGUCUGACCAAUCGGCCUACCAACCCUACCAGGAUGAGGUGGACAGUCAGAAUCCAGUGUUAAGAGACAAUCCCCAGCUCCAUGAGGAAUUGAAGGGUUGGCUCAAAGACCAGAAAGUGCAGGAAAUUUUUAUGCAAGGUCCCUAUUCAUUGAAUGGCUACCGUGUGCGGGUAUACAGACAAGACUCGGCCACCCAGUGGUUCACAGGCAUCAUUACACAUCACGAUCUUUUUAGCCGAAACAUGGUCGUUAUGAAUGAUCAGGUGCUGGAGCCUCAGAACGUGGAUCCAUCCAUGAUCCAGAUGACCUUUCUGGAUGAUGUGGUUCAUUCCCUACUGAAAGGAGAAAACAUCGGCAUCACCUCCAGACGAAGGUCGCGAUCCAGUCAGAACAACAAUUCUGCACAUAUGACGGGAGGGAGACCCGGCGGGACCACUGCCAACACUCAGAGUCAUUAUACGCGAGCCCAAGCAAACAGCCCCCGUCCAAUCAUGACUUCACCGGGCCCCAACCCAAAGGGUUCCCAAGGGCCGCUGGCCUCCCAGAGUCCAUCAUUGCAAAGCCAGCAAACAUCCAGCCAAUCGCACCAUUCUCCCAGUGGCACCGCACGGGAACAGAGAGAACAGCGCAACUCUCGCUCAUCCCGGAGGAAAGGAUCGGAUAGCAGCGUCGCCGACGACGACAGAGACAGGAGAGAAGUCGGCGGCAAAGACUCCAAGUCAAAGGCCAAACAGGCAAUAAACAAACGCAGGAAGGGCGAGGAGGACGAGAAGAAGGCAGGUCUGAAGAGACUGAAGACAGACACGACCACGUCGGACUUCUCGGAGAGCAGCGACUCUGAAAACCCGCACAAGAGGACGGUCCAUUCGUCAUGCUCCUCUUCCUCGUCCUCCUCGUCCUCCUCCUCCUCCUCGUCCUCUUCCUCCUCCUCCGAGCCCAACUCUGAGAAUGAAUUAAAGACUCGCAGCGGUGAUGGGAAAUCAAAAAUGGAGGAGGAGGAGAAGACACUCAUUCAGGCUGUCAAAAUGAACGAUUCUUCAUCUCCCGUGGCUUGCCUGUCCCCGUGGACCGAGCUUCAAUCGACAGAGGACGGCAAGGAAACGAGCAAAAUGAUCACUAAAGAGGAGGAAGAAUUGGUGGCAGUGACGCAGAUCACCCAAUCUCCACGGCAACAGAUGCCUCUCAUGUCUGACGCUCUCCAGGCUACCAUCCUCGAGAGUAACAAGAACACUGUGAAAGUCUCACCUCGAUGUCAGACACCUUCCUUGUCCCACCUCCACGGCAGCGGCGUGAUCGACAUCACAGAUGAUGCGCAGGCCACCGUGCAUCAAGAGAGUUCCGAGGCCGUGUCAGCUCUCCUGGCUUCCCAGAAGGCCGAGUCCACGGCCCUCUCCCCUUACCCCGCCUUGCAUCCGUCCCCCGUUUCCUCGCCUCCUGUCCCUCCGUCACCUUCACCCUCGGAAGGUGGCCGAAGGACCGAAAUGGAGCCUGCGGUGCAGCAGGCUCUAAUAGCAAGCCGCAGCUUAAAUAACAAGAUGGAGUUUUCUUCUUCUUCGGAGGUUAUCAGACCUGUGACAUCAAUGGCUGAUCCUCUGAUGCUGCUAGAGAAGGAAAAAGGCGUCAUUCCCCAUCCUUUUCUUCAUCAACCUCAUCAACACUACACGUCCGGCAUCAAGAGUCCGUCUUUAUCUGAGGAGCAAAGCAAACAGCCGCACCACCCUGACAAGAUGAAUGCCACAGUCCUCUCCACUGACUUGACAACCAAAAUGAACCCUCACCCAACCUCCCUCGACCCCAUCAAACAAAAAAGCCAGCAGCCCAACAACUCCCUGAGCCAUCCAUACCCUAGCACGAGUCCAGCAGAGCAUAUCAAGUCCAAGCCCCACUUAGCCCUGGUGGAUAUGUCCAAACCUAAACCCAAUACCUCUCCAGAGGUGUCCAAACAUAAAAUGCCAAGAUACUGUGAUAGCUCCUCCCCUCCAUCAGCUCGUUUGUCCGGUAAAGUAGAAACAACCGAGCCUCCUCGAUGUGCUUUUAAGCCGAUAGCAUCUCACUCAGAGUCAGGUGGGGGCAGCACCACCACCACCACCACCACCACCAAGAGCCCUCUAAUCAUCGAUAAGAAUGAGACGUUCACUGUUUACAGGGACCCAGCUCUGAUCUGCUCAGACAGUGAAAACUCCUCUAACCAUGUGGCGGCAUAUCUCCAUCCUCACCUCCACGGCCUCCACUCGCCAGCUCCCCGCUCCCCUUGCCUGACCCCUUCAUCCCACCCACAUGCUGCCUCUCACCUCCUUGCUCCUCCUCACACAUCAGGCCUACCUCACCCACACCUUCUACCCCCUGGGGUUCUCUCAGCCAUGCCUCCUCCUCACACAGCGACUCUCUUGGGGGGGCACCCUCAGCUGGACUCCCCUGGAGGUCUAGGUCACCUUGCCCUACCUCACCAGCAGCAGCAGCAGCAGCAGCAGCAGUUCCUACAGGGUCAGGGUUCAGCUCUGCUCAGCCAGCCUCAUAGCGGAGCUUCGACUUUGGGCCUCUACCCCAUCAUUUGGCAGUAUCCCAAUGGAACGCCGAGUUCCUACCCGCAAGGGCUCAACCUACCUCCCUCAACGAAAUGGGUUCACCCUGAAAAUCCAGUUGCUGUCAAUUCUGAGGUGUCUCUCCGAAAGAACGCGGCCAGCCCAUGGUUGCACCAAGCUGUCGGUAGCGCGAGCGACACUUUGGGUUUGCUGAGUCACGUUCCCGUACGACCCGCCAGCGCUGACCCCCACCGGCCCUCGGUUAAAAUCAACCCGCACGCCAGUCCGCCGCUGUCCAAGAUCAGUGUGGACAUUCGGAAAGAAGAUGUGGAUAAGAGAGGCUUUAUGGAUCCAAUCAGAACAUUAACAUUAGCCCAGCUGAAACAAGAACCCACGGAAAAUCACAGGAGCGUGAGCGGGAAAGAUGCCCAGCUUCACCGCCUCUACUUGGACCCUCACAGCAAAGCACGCCUGGCUCAUACACAGGAUGCUGUCCAGGCAGUGGACCGCGCCAGUAAGUACAAAGAAGAGAAUCGGCGAAUUCUGAAGGAGAGCAUCGAAGUGGCCCCGUUCACCGCCAAAAUCCAACGCUCCAGAGAACCCGCCGGCCUCGACAGGGAUCGAGAGAGAAGCCGAGAUUCCCCGUUUCCCGUCCAGAUCCCGGCUCUUGCCUCCCUUAGCCCCAAAGCCGCCCACGCGCAUCCCCAUAUUAUCCAGACAGAAAAGAGCAACUACUUCACCACGUUGUCCAACAGCGUUAUCAACGACCCCCCUAGACUCUACCCUUCCAAAGAGCUUAGCUCCUACUACAAGAAGGUGACGGUCGGUGCUCAAGGCGUCGUGACCAGUAUAGGAGGAGCCGGCGCCGUUUCAAGUCAGACUAGCCUGUCCCUCGGCAACUACAACGCCAAAGUGUCCAUAUCUCGGCCGCCUCCCCUAAUUAAGCACCACCCGGAGGGCGGUGAGGGUCUCGCGGGGAAAAUGACCGAGCAGCUCAGCCAGCAGGCUACACUAGUCCAACAUCAGCACCACACGGAAAGGAUGGAGCGUUGCAGCCCUGCUAUUUCUCCUUCCUCCUCGACAUCUUUGCUGUCUAACCACCACCAUCAUCAUCAUCAUCAGCACCAGCAUCAGCAGCAGCACCACCAGCAGCAGCAACACAACCUCAGGGCAAUGCCGUCUCUUCACCGAGCCCCCGUCUUCCAUCCACCCACUCAGCACGCGCUUGAACGGAAAGAGGCCGCGGAAAGGGAGAGAGCUGCAUACGGCGGACGUCUAUCUCCGCCGACCCUCACGCCCAUCCAGCCGGUGACCUUAGCGGCAGCCGGUAGUAAAACAUCAGUCGAGCAGCAAAAGCCUCCCACGCUACUGCCGGAACUCAGGGACGUAAAAGGUCACGGGAGCGCCGCCGUCGUUGCCUCGGCCGUCAGCGCGGACAACACGACGUCGUCGGGAGGAUGGAGAGCCGCUCAAGACCGAAGAGCGCUCUUCUAUGGAGAGAAAGGAGCGUCGCGGGAUAAGCCCCAGUCCGCAACGGCGUCCGUCAUCGUACGUCCGCCGGCGUCCGUGAAGUUUGACAAUCCUGCAAACAAAUCCGGUGCUAAGGAAUUCUCUUUGGGGACUUUCUGCUCAGCUAAGCUUCAGGAGGACAGUCAAAAAGCGGGCGAGGCUUUCAGAGACUAUGGAGUAAAUCGAGUUAUUCAACCCAACUCCAACCUGGAUGACGUGUACAUCCAAUAUAAAAAGAACUCGCUUGGUGGCAUGCAGGGGCCUGUGGAAGCCUGCACCACAAACUCCGUCCAUCGGACCGUUGUUUCUCCAUCCAUCCAGAAUCGGAUCGACGCGACAACUCUUGAGCUGGGUUACUCCGUCUUAUCUCAUCACGGGCUGGGGGUCGGAUCGCGUACCUCGUCCCCAGGAGGAUCUUUGCCUCAGUCCGGCACGCCGCAAACCAGCCCUAAUCUCACCCCAAGACCGAGCCCUUGUUCCGGUACCGGUCAGGCUUACUCGCCCUCUUUUGUUCACCUCAAGAAGCACAAAGCCGCAUUGGCGGCCGCAGCUCAAUCGAAAAGCAACCUCUGCACCGCGUCCGUGACUGCCCCGACUGGAUCUGCGUUGGUGGAGCAUCCCAUUGAGAAAAGUCAAAACGCCACUCCUCCACCUGCCUCCAGCCAAACGUCAUCUUCAGCGGAUAGCAGUUGCGGCAGCUCAACCAGUGGCAGAACAACGCCGGGGAAAUCCAGUCCCUUGCACAACGGCCAGUCCUCCGGUCCUGCUCCAACAAGUAGCGGGCAGGCCAGUAAUUAUCACAAACUCAAGAAAGCCUGGUUAACGCGGCACUCUGAGGAGGACAGGAACACCGCGGCCACCGGGAGCUCGCCCGCUUCCAAAUCGCCCGGCGUCAGCAAGGCCGCGACGAUGACAGAGAUGAUCAAGCCGUGUACCGUCAACCUCAGCGCCUCCACGUCCGGCGAGGUGGAACUGAGCAAGGACUCUGCCGGCCGAGAGAAGCUCUCGGAGGAGAAGACGGGCGGGGGCGAGGAAAGGAGAGCAAGGCGAGGGAGCAAACGCACGUACGAGUCGGCUUCGGAGAGCGGGGGAGAUGACUCGGACGCUAGCGAGAGCAAGAUGGAGGGCCGAGCCAAGCGCCAGCCCAAACCAACCUACAAGAAGAAGCAGAACGAUAUGGCCAAGAGAAAAGGAGACAAUGACAAGGACGAGGAGGACGUGAAACCCAAUGGCAUCUUUCGAUCAGCCAAAGAGAAGACCAAACUCAAACUGGCCAGUAGCAAUGGGAUCCCACGUUCUGUCCUGAAGGACUGGCGCAAAGUGAAGAAGCUAAAGCAGACGGGGGAGUCUUUCCUCCAGGAUGAUUCUUGUUCCGAAAUCGGGCCCAAUGUGCAAAAGUGUCGCGAGUGUCGGGUCAUCCGCAGCAAGAAAGGGGAGGAGCCGGCGCAUUCUCCUGUCUUUUGCCGGUUCUACUAUUUCAGACGGCUUUCCUUCAGUAAAAAUGGAGUCCUCCGAAUGGACGGUUUCUCGACCCCGGACCAGUUUGACGAGGAGGCUCUUGCUUUGUGGAUCCCUGGAGAAAUGGACGAGAGUCACCUGGACCAAACCGCAGCCAAGUACAUCCUCAGCUUUAUAGGAGACAUGUUCUGUCAGAUGGUCCUGAUGGAGAAUGCAGCAGCUUCCUGGGUCAAAAAGGAUGCCAAGCUCGUGUGGAAGCGCGCCGUGAAGGGAGUGCGGGAGAUGUGCGACGCCUGCGAGGCGACGCUCUUCAACGUCCACUGGGUCUGUCAAAAAUGCGGCUUUGUGGUCUGCCUGGACUGCUACAAGGCCAAAGAAAAAAGGAGCUCCAAAGAUAAAGAACUAUACGGCUGGCUGAAGUGUGUGAAAGGCCAGCCUCAUGAUCACAAACACCUCAUGCCAACACAGAUCAUACCUGGCACAGUGCUGACGGAAUUAGUCAGCUCCAUGCAUUCGCUGAGAGAAAAACACCACAUCAAAGUGCGCUGUGCAUGCGCCGGCGGCAAACAGAAUCUUCUCAGCAAACUACCGAGCACCAAUGGAGUUUCGCAGGUACUGCAGAACGUUCUGAACCACUGCAACAAAUUGUCCCUGGUGAAGACCGAGCCACGCUGUCAACAGAACUGCGACCAAGGAGGAGCUAAAGUCGAGUCCAACGGCGGAGGAGGAAGAAGCCCGGGCAGCCACGAAGGAAGCGCCGUGACUCCGCCGGAGUCCCAGUCACCUCUGCAUUUCCUCGCCGACCUGGCAGAGCAGAAAUCCAGAGAGGAAAAGAAAGAAAACAAAGAUUCCAUGCUACUGGGGAAAUCUGUGAAGGAAGGGGACAGCCUGGAGGUUCUGCAGCAAUGUAAAACCAACGUCGCCCUGAUCGGCAACAGCACGGAGCAAGGCUCCACUCUCCGAGAUCUGCUCACCACCACCGCAGGAAAACUCAAGCUGGGCUCCACCGACGCCGGAAUCGCCUUUGCGCCAGUCUACUCGUCCGCUUCGCAGACGGGAAAAGUUGGCCGAAGCAUGCCGAAUAUCCUCGACGACAUCAUCGCCUCGGUCGUGGAGAACAAAAUCCCCGCCGGUCGGCAGACUAUCGCCACAAAGCUUUCCAUCAAGCAAGAGCCCGCCGUCCUCAACGUCAACAACAGCAGCAGCAACCCUGCGCCCGCUGCGCUGGACGACAUCAAAACGGACAAGAAGAAGUCCAUGGCUGUCAUUGCAGAGGAUUCCUCCAAUCUCUAUCCAGAUAUUCCUCACUGCUGGCUAAAUCACGGGCGACUGCUUUGGCUCAAGGAUCACCGGAACCAGAAUAACUGGAAGCUCUUUCGGGAAUGCUGGAAACAGGGACAGCCCGUGUUGGUUUCCGGGAUCCACAAGCGUCUGAACGCCACCCUGUGGAAAGCCGACUCUUUCAAUCAAGAGUUUGCAGACCAUCAGGGGGAUCUUCUCAAUUGUAAAGACCAAGUGGUCUCCAACUCAGGGAUCAAAGAGUUCUGGGAUGGAUUUGAGGACAUCACCAAACGACUCAAGUCCAAGGAUGGGGAACCUGUGGUUUACAGACUGAAGGACUGGCCUUCUGGAGAGGAGUUCAUGGCUCUCAUGCCUUCAAGGUAUGAUGACUUAAUGAAGAACCUGCCGCUGCCCGAGUAUUCGGAUCCAGAAGGAAGCCUGAACUUAGCAUCUCAUCUGCCAUCUUUCUUCGUCAGGCCAGAUUUGGGACCAAGACUCUGCUGUGCCUAUGGUGUAGCCGCAUCUCAGGACCAGGACUUUGGGACUGCCAACCUUCAUGUCGAAGUCUCAGAUGUGGUCUCUAUUCUAGUAUACGUCGGCGUGGCCAAAGGCAAUGGCGUCUUGUCCAAAACUGGCGUGUUAAAGCGCCUGGAAGAGGACAAUCUCGACGAGGGCGUUCGGAAAAGGCUGAAGGACUCGAGUGAAACACCGGGGGCGCUAUGGCACAUCUACCUCAACAAAGAUAUGGACAAAGUCCGGGAGUUCUUGUACAAGCUCUGUAAGGAGCAGGGAUUGGAUGUAUCGGUGGACCAGGAUCCAAUCAGAGAGCAAGGCUGGUACUUGAGCAAGAAACAGCGGCAGCAGCUUUUGGAUGAGCACGGGGUGCAGGGUUGGACCGUCGUUCAAUUCCUGGGAGACUCUGUUCUAUUACCGGCUGGCUCCAUGCAUCAGGUCCAGAACCUUCACAGCUGCGUUCAGGUCAUCAAUGACUUUGUGUCUCCUGAGCAUGUGGCCAAUUCCUUCCAUCUGACCCAGCAGCUCAGACCCAACAAUGAAGAAGUCAACUAUGAAGACAAACUGCAGGUGAAGAACAUCCUGUACCACUGUGUCAAAGAGGCUGUGGGCGCCUUAAAACGGAGCCUUUCCGAGGAGGAGGAAGAAGAAGAGACCUCGUAACGAGAGUAGAGCUGCUUACGGAGACUCCCUGCUUGGGCCAGGAGGCAAAGUCAAAAAGAGGCGGGCCUACUGGACAGAUUGGCCUUCAACCAUCCACUGAGGACUGAAGGAAAAACAACAACAGUUGGGAGCCACGCUUGAAGACUUUGCUUCUUGAGUGGGACUGUCAUGUGAGCCCAAGUGCUGCUUUGGGCGGCAGGAGCGACUGAAGGUGUUCAACUGCAGCAAGAGCCCAAUACGGUAAAGCGAUUCAUUUCUUUUGCUGAUUACAAAAGCAUCACCAGCAGCAAGCCACUUCACGACUGUCGUGACUGACGGUCGGCGGUGGGACGAGGGAGAAAAAAAAAAAAAAACGGUAAGGGGGUACGCAAAGCAACAGUCAGCAAGCCCCUCGUUUGUUCCUUUUUUUUUGUUCUGUCACUUUGUGUUUCCCUGUGAAGAUGUAUUUAUUUGAUAGCUUUGUGUAAAUGUGUCCGUGUGGUAAUGAGAGAAAAAAAGCAUUCAUGUGACUUGUACAGUUGUUUGGUUCUUCCCACUUUUCUUUUGCUCUACGUGGUUUUCAGUUCGACGGUUCUACUGUGAUGGAGGACACAUACAUGCACCAGCUAAUGCCUGUAACUUUGGAAAAUGCAAUGUCCUCAUGCCAUAAAUACAUUUUUGAAGAUGAACUGCCAAACUUGUUGUAAAGACUGUUGAAAGUUGUAUUAUGUAUAGAAAAAACAAUUGCUCAUACACUUUGGAAUUUUAUGAAAAAAGUAUUCCCUGUAAAACAGACAUUUACAAAAAAAAGAUGUAAUUUAUUUAAGAAAAUAAUUCAUUUUCAUUUUGUUGAGAUUUACUAUGUUUAACUUCUGAAGUUAAAAGAAAAAAACUAACUAUAAAAUGUAAAUAUAUACAUAUAUACAUUGACUGAGGUAUUUUUAUAAAACAUGUCUUGCUUCAAUUUAAAAUUUUCAAGUGUGUUACAAUGCUUUGUAAAAUGAAGUCCAAAUGGGGUUUUACAUUUUCCAUUAAAAUGGAUUUAUCAAGCAAAA